AUGGGGCCCCCGGGCAAUAGGGGAUCAUGGGGCCCCUGUGUCCUUGCCCAAGCUCAAAAAAGGCUAUGAAAAAGUCAGGGCUGUAUGUAGAUAUCCUAUAGCCCCGGCAUACCUGCAUCAUGGCUCUCCUUUGCACAUGCUCGGCACACCGGAGUGUUCAUAAAGCCAGCAUGCACUGGGGCGGACUGACAACUCAUGGGGCCCUGGGCAAUAGGGGAUCAUGGGGCCCCUGUGUCCUUGCCCAAAUUCAAAAAAGCCUAUGAAAAAGGUACCAGGGGCAUCUCAUGGGACCCCCUACUGACCCCGGGCCCUCGGGCAGUGCCGGGAGUUUCCUAUUGGUCAGUCCGCCCCUGC